CUCCGACGACCCUAAUUCCGGCGACUCACCGGACGUUACACAUCAAGAGUUCUUUCCUAAUAUAUGCCUUUCAACUCGUGGUACUAUACUGGGCAAUCUACGGCAUGUUUUGUGGCGGAAGGAGAAUGAGAGGUUGGUACUUAACGACAGGGAACAACGUAAUGAGCCAUCAUCGGGCUCCAAUAGUCCCAGAACAACUGUAUAUAGGAACCGUUAUCUACCCAAACAACGUCAAACGUGGUGGGGAAUCGCUUAGGCACAGCAGCCUCCCUCGUCUUCUUCAAUUGUUAAAGGGACCUUCUUCCAUUGAUAUGGCUCUGCUGGAGCAAAUUCACUCUCAAACGCUGCGUUCCAUCCCCAGCAGCCACCCACAAUUCCUCUUCCUAUAUAGCAGAAUUCUCCACUUCGCGUCUCUUGCUGAUCUUCACUACGCCACUCGAGUUUUCAAUCACUUUCAGAACCCCAAUUCCUUCAUGUGGAACACUCUCAUUAGAGCCUACGCUCGAAGCACCCACUUUAAAGAUCGCACCAUGGAGCUGUACAGAGCGAUGAUGGAAGACGAGAGUGUUAUUCCAGAUAAACAUACAUACCCGUUUGUUUUAAAGGCCUGUGCGUAUCUGUUUUAUUUUUUUGAAGGGAAACAAAUGCACGGCCACAUUUUGAAGCUUGGUCUUGAGUCUGAUAUUCAUAUUUGUAAUAGUUUGAUUCAUUUCUAUGCGUCGUGUGGUAACCUAGACUUAGCGCAGAUAGUGUUUGAUAAAAUGUUCCAGAGAAGUAAGGUUUCUUGGAAUGUACUAAUUGAUUCCUAUGUGAGGGUUGGUGAAUUUGACACUGCCCUGAAGUUUUUCCUUCAGAUGCAAAGUGCAUUUGAACCUGAUAACUAUACAAUGCAGAGUGUUAUUAGUGCUUGUGCUGGUUUAGGUGCUCUGUCUCUAGGUCUGUGGGCUCAUGCCUAUAUUUUGAAGAAGUCUGAGAUAAAUAUGGCUGAUGAUGUUUUGAUUAACUCUUGCUUGGUGGAUAUGUACUGUAGAUGUGGGUCCCUAGAAAUAGCUGAACAAGUCUUUGAAAGCAUGCCUGAUAAAGAUGUAAAUUCAUGGAAUUCGAUGAUUUUAGGUCUUGCCAUGCAUGGCAAAGCUGAGGCAGCAUUGGAUUGCUUUAACCGUAUGGUAAAAACUCAGACAGUUUCACCCAACUCUAUUACUUUUGUCAGUGUAUUGAGUGCCUGUAAUCAUAGUGGUAAAGUUAUCGAAGGACUUGAGUAUUUUGACAGGAUGAUUAAAGAAUACGAUAUAGAACCACGAUUAGAGCACUAUGGUUGUCUUGCUGAUCUUCUCGCUCGAGGUGGACGCAUAGAAGAAGCUCUGAACUUGGUUUCAGAAAUGCCGAUGAAACCUGAUGCUGUCAUAUGGAGAAGUCUGUUGGAUGCAUGCUGCAAGCAACAAACAAGUGUUGAGCUAAGUGAAGAAAUGGCUAAGCAGAUUUUUGAGUCAGAAGGAAGUGUUGGCAGUGGGGUUUAUGUACUUCUUUCCAAAGUGUAUGCUUCCGCUAGAAGAUGGAAUGAUGUAGGGUCACUUAGAAAACUGAUGACUGAUAAGGGUGUGAUUAAAGAGCCUGGAUGUAGUUUGGUAGAAAUAGAUGGUGUGACUCAUGAAUUUUUCGCAGGGGACACGACUCAUCCCCAAAGUAAAGAUAUAUACAAGUUUCUGAAUGUGAUUGAUGAGAAGCUAAAAUCAAUUGGGUAUUCACCUGAUUAUUCUGGAGCAACUAUGGUUGAUGAGAUUGGUGAUGGAAAACAGAGUACGUUGAGGCUGCACAGCGAGAGAUUGGCCAUAGCUUUUGGGCUAUUGAACUCAAAACCGGGUGUGCCCAUAAGAAUAUUUAAGAAUCUUAGAGUCUGCAAUGAUUGCCACAAGGUGACCAAAUUGGUCUCCAGAAUUUAUAAUGUGGAGAUCAUUGUAAGAGAUCGUGUUCGGUUCCAUCACUUCAAAGAUGGAACCUGUUCUUGUAAAGAUUAUUGGUGAAUGAUGCUUCUGUUUUAGCUUGUACCAUCUAGAAGAGGCGUGUAUAGCUGAACGAACUUGGGAACUUCGUCUAAAUUAUUAUUGAGUAAAAUAGAAUUCACUAACGGCACGGCACAAUUUGGCGUGUUGCUAUAUAGAAGUUAUUUGUUUA